UUGUACCCAAAUCCAUUCAAACCCUAGCUAAAAACCACGCUCUCUCUCUCUAUUCCACGGCCUCCUCCGACCGACCCUCUCGCGAACAGCUUCCGACCCGCCACCUCAUCGCCGUCACUGUCGCCGUCACUGUCGCCAUCCUCAUUGUCGUCGCUUUCGCCGUCGCCAUCCUCCUCCGACUAAGUAUCCGUCGCAACUGUGUAGAUUCCUCUUUCUCUUUUCAAGAUCGCAGAGAGCAUAACUAAUAUAGAGAUGGGAAAGAUGUACACGAAGAAACAAACUGACGGACAUGGACCACGAAGAGAACAUACUGAGAAGAAACAAGUUGAUGGACAUGGACCUCGGAGAGAACAUAUGGAUAAGCAGGAAAACGAAAUGGACAUACGGACCAUUAUGAAAGACGUUGAAAACUUCAGCUACUCGCAUAUGUCAUGGAAAGAGCGCAAAAAGUUUGAAGAUAGGAAGGUUGUCUCCCUUGGUGGGAAGCCUCAAAAGAAUCAGAGAUUACCUUUAAGUGUGGCACGGCCAAUGAUGAAGAAACAAAAGCAGAGAGAGGAAAAAAUGCUUCAAGAGCGUAUGAUUCUAGGACGAUUUGGCGGAAAGAUUGGUGGUAGCAGUAAAAAAACAGUUGGAAAACACAAGGCUGAGGACAGGGGUUUGAAGUUAAGUGAAGGUCGUUUUAAAAAUGGUAUACUUGAUGUGAAGCAUUUAUUGAAAACAACGCCCCAUGGAGGAAUGAAUACGUCUAAUGCAGGAAAAAGAAAUGGAGGAGGAGGCAACUGGAAACAUGAUAAAAAGGGUGCUGCUAGUAAGAAGCACCAUUGAGUGUUUUAUUGUCAAUAUGUAUGUCCUUUAUAAAUUUUGCAUUAUUCUUACAGUAUUCAACUUCUUUAUGAGUAGCAAAGCAAUUUUUGAGGUUCUAUUGUUGCCUUUCCCUUAAGGCAAGAGCCUUUGACAGCAACAUAUGUAAUAUUUAUUACUCAAGAGUAUUUGUUUUAGUAUAUCAUUUAAAAAAAGUUAUAAAUGAAA